UCGGAAAAUAAUUGGGAAAGGAUCGAGGGCAUUUGGGAAGGACUAUGUUAGCCCUUCCCCCAUAAUCUUUUCCCUCUCUCAAACACACUUCUAUGAUCUGGGGUUUCUUCCUUUUCUCAUGUCUCCAGGUGCAGCACCGUCUUCUUCUUCCGCUUCCUCUUCUUCCCGUCUUCACGCAUGCGAGCUCCUUCUCUCUGACUUACUCUUCUUCUCCAACACAAUUGUCUCCUACUUCUUCUUUGUCGGAGUGAGAGGAGGGUGAGACCGAGAGAGCAAGAGCACAAAAAGCGAGCCCGUGAGAUGAAAAGAUCUUGAAUAAUUUUAAGAGAGCGAGAGCAUAGAGAGCGAAACUAUAAGAUGGGAAACACUAAAGAGACGAAUCAGAGCCAGACUUAGGCGAGAACGAAUUAACAGCUUAACUCUUUAAAUUUGUGCGGAGUUGUUUAUUUAUUUAUUUGGCAGGAACUAAUAUGAAUACUUGACCCCGAGCAUAAAAAUAUUGAAUUCAUAGUCAUGGAUAAUGGAAACAAGGACUGUGUGCCCGAAGCACUCUCAAAAUCGGCAGAUGAUGAUUCUGGAGAAUCUGCUGUUAAAGUGAAAUGUAACGAGCAGAGAGAGGCUUUUCCUGGAGAACCUAAAUGUGUUGUAUGUGGUCGUUAUGGUGAAUACAUAUGUGAUGAGACAGAUGAUGAUGUUUGCAGCAUGGAAUGUAAACAAUCAGUUCUAUGCAAAGUGGCAAAUUCAAUGGCUCCAGAUAAGCCGCCAUCUAAAAGACUUCCUGCAGCGGAUGAGUGCUUUUAUGUUAAGGAAUCUAAUUAUUCGGGUUCUUCUUUGACUUGUGAGCAGACUGAGAUGCUUAGGAAAAAACUUGGAAUCAGUAUAAAGGGAGACUUAGAUUGUGCUCCUAUAUUGUCAUUUUCUUUUGGUGACCUCCCUGAGAAGCUCCUCCAGAAUCUAGAGACUGCAGGCUAUGAGAUGCCCACACCUGUUCAGAUGCAAGCUAUACCAGCUGCUUGUUUGGGUAAAAAUCUGCUUGUUUCAGCUGAGACUGGCUCUGGAAAGACCAUGUCCUAUCUGGUCCCAAUAGUUUCCUACUGUACACGUGCUCGUCUUGAGUGUUUUCGUGGUGAAAAAAAGCCACUAGCUAUGGUUCUUACACCUACUAGGGAGCUUUGCAUUCAAGUUGAACAACAAGCGAAGUUGCUUGGAAAAGGCAUGCCAUUUAAAACUGCCCUUGUUGUUGGUGGCGAUGCCCUAGCUGGACAGCUCCACCGUAUCCAGCAAGGAGUUGAGCUGAUUGUUGCUACUCCUGGCAGGUUGGUUGAUCUUUUGACAAAGCAUGAUAUUGAACUUGAUGAAAUGAGGACUUUUGUUCUGGAUGAAGUGGAUUGCUUGCUCCAAAAAGGCUUUCGUGAUCAGGUAUUACAGAUUUUCAGGGCUCUUUCAGGACCACAAAUCUUAAUGUAUACAGCAACUACCUCUCCAGAAGUAGAGAAGAUGGCAAAAUCUAUGGGAGAUGGCACCGUUAUCAUGUCUACUAGCAUGUCAAAUAAACCAACUAAGGCUUUGAAGCAGGUUGUUAUCUGGGUAGAAUCAAAGAAUAAGAAACAAAAGCUUUUUGACAUAUUAACAAGUAAGCAACAUUUUAUGCCCCCUCUUGUGGUAUAUGUAGGCUCAAGGCUUGGAGCCGAUCUCCUUUCUAAUGCAAUUACUGUUACCACUGGGAUAAAAGCAUUGUCAAUCCACGGGCACAAGUCCAUGAAGGAGAGACGAGAAGCCAUGAAAUCAUUUAUCAUGGGAGAAGUUCAAGUGAUGGUGGCUACUGGGAUUUUGGGUCGAGGGAUGGAUCUUUUGUGUGUGAGGCAAGUGAUUAUAUUUGACAUGCCAAAUUCAAUCAAGGAGUAUGUACACCAGAUUGGGCGGGCAUCUAGACUUGGAGGGGAGGGCAAAGCCAUAGUGUUUGUUAAUGGGGAAAAUAAGAAUUUAUUUCAAGAUUUAGUGGAGACUUUAAAGUCUUCUGGAGCACCUAUACCUCGAGAACUUUUGAAUUCACAUCAUACAGCAAAUUCUUCGUACAGGGCUAAAAACCAGAAGAAACGGAAGUAUUCUUAGACAUAAAUCUGUGGAAGAUUUACUAUAUCAACUUUAACGAAUUUACUAUCAGUCUUAUUUAACCCGUGAAGGCACUGGAGUUUCGAUAUCAGUCCUUUUGGUCUGCUGGCAGAAUGAGGUGCUUGGUAUUUGAAGCUUACUAAGGAUCUAGCUUCUGAAGGUAAACAAUGCCCUAAUCUUAGAGUAAUUUAGAGUAAUGUUGAAAUUGUUAAAGUACUUUUUUAAAGUUAAAUAUGUUUUUGGUCACCCAAAAUUAAUUUAAUAUUUAACUUUGUGGUUUUGAUUAAUCAAAAGCCUGUUUUGAUAUGAUUUUGAAAUCGGCAAAGGUGUUUAACAAUUUUAAAGUCACUCCUAGACAUUCUAAAUUUCGAACUUCAAGUAGGUGUAAUGUAUGAGCAAGUAUUACUGAGAAAAGAAUUAACAGUUUUUGUUCUUCCACAACUAAGAAGGGGCCUGCGCCAACCCUGGUACGCUUCAAAAGUCUGAAUGAGAUGUAUGCAUGUUUUUGAAGCUGGGUGAGAUGGAUGCAUGUUUCAACUUGGGGAGGUGAUCAAAGCGACUGUGAAUAUAUCUUACUUUUUGGAAUGAUUGAACCCACGCUGAGAAAUUUGUAAUACUAUGAUGGUAUAAAAUUCAUAUUUGCCAUGAAAGAAGCACAUAAAUAUGACAUGUCAAGUGUUGAAUUGGAGGAGUAUGAAACAUGAGACAUGUCAAGUGUUGAAUUGGAUGAGUAUGUAACAGUAAUUUUCGGAACAACCUGACCUUGCCAUAUCAUUAACAUUUACAAUGCAAGUUUGUGGAAUCCGAAAAAUUGGUGAAUGUUGGAAGCUGAAAGGAGGGUGUUCUCCAAAUGGUAGAUGCUCGAGGCAAGGGAUGACGAGCAAACGUAUUGAAAAAGCGACUUGAAUCAAAUUAUGGAUACGAAGCUUUGCAUCUGGUAGAUUGUGAAAGUGUGUGUGAAGGCCGAUGAAUGCUUCCAGUGUCUGCAUAAAUGUACCUAAAUAUUUCGGUUGAGUAUCCAGUAGUACUCAUCUUCGAUUCUUUACCCAAUGAGAGGAACCUUCUAAAAUAAUUGUAAGAAAAUAAGUUAUUAUUAUUAAUUGGAAAAUUUUCAUAUGUAUGAUACAUGUAAUAAAGGCUAUAAAAUUAAUUAUUUUUUAAAUA